AUGGCCGACAAUUUGAAUGGUGUCAACGUGGUUGCGGUGGCAAGAGCCCCAAGAGAUGCCGGUGAAGCCGUUCGGUUCGCGGCCGCGAUCGAGCCCGUGACGAUCGGGACGUGGAAGCUCGAAAACACAGACGAAAGUUUGCCCGAGUCGGCCCAGCCCAUCAUCAAAGCCCCCGCUACCGCGGCGGAAACUGUCUUUGGCGAAGACAACAGGAAGCUGGUUCCGGAUGAGCACCUUGCCCCUGGAGGCAAAUAUCGAUCCAUUGUCAAGCUCAUGCUACGGUUCGGAAAUAAGUGGAUGAUGGGGACUGGAUGGCUCAUCGCACCCGACCUUCUCGUCACUGCGGGACAUUGCGGCUAUGAUCAGAGCUAUGGCCCGGUCCAGGAGAUCAAGGCGUACAUUGGUUACAAGGGGAGAGCAUCUGUCAACUCCCUCAAUAGUGGGCCCACUGCAUGCCAGUUCAGACGCGGUACCAUGGUGGCCACGAGCACUGCCUGGAUGCGAGGCGCCAGCCCGCAGGCCGACGUCUCCCUCAUCACUGUUCACCCUCCCUUUGAAGGUGUCAAGGGUAUCCAGUACGCCACCACGCCCAGGUCCGACUCGUAUGGCGGGAAUUCGGGCUCUCCGGUUCUUCGCAAGGACCUCGUCAGCAUCGGCGUCCACACUUACGGAGGCUCCAUCAACAAAGCUUCGGUCAUUGGCCCCUCUGGCAACCUUCUGUCCAACUACACCCGCGCGCUUGCAGCCAGCGAAUCCGCCACCGAAAGCACAGGUCUAAUCAGCUUUGUCAACGUCCGUCCACCCGGCGCCGAGACAGAGUCUGGCAUCGUCGCCGUAGGACCAAAUGGCGAGACGACCGAGUCGGAGGAGCUCACCAACGGCGACGCCCACAUACCGUCCGGGGGGCAGGAAGAGAGCGGCGAAGAGAGCAUUCUCGACCUGUUCAACCGUACCUUGAAGAUGGCCGUCGCGCUGCAAGAGCGUCCGCCAACCGAGGCUGUUGUCGCCGCAGGAAUGCCGCCGAUACUGGGGCCCACCGCCGCGCCUCAAGGCUGCCUCGCCGCCGUAGCCGUCCAAGCAGCAGGGAGAAUGGGCCACGCUAUUUUGAACCAGCAGCGCUUGGUCUCACUUGACGGCGUGGUUGAGCUCGCCAUCAUCCAAGAAGCCGCUUGGGCGGCCGUGCAAAAGAUCUCGACCGAAGUCAACCAACGACACGAGGUCUUCCUGAACAUGGCGCGCAUCAUCGGCAACCUGCACAAAAAGGUCGACAACGCGUCCUCUAUCCUACACCAAACGUCCAACACCGCCCUGGGGGGCAUCGUCGCCCACCACUACACGCGCGGGCUUUCGAGCCGCCCGCACCGGAAAAGGACCGUCGAGGCGGCGCCCGGAGCCGAGUCCGGAGAAGCCACCACUAACGAGGCAACCCGGGCCAUGCUGGAAGGGUUGCUCCAAACCGGUGAAAGCGCCGAGGCCGAGGAGAGCAACAACCAGGACUCGGAGGCGUUCUCGCUGUCACUGCCAAGCCUAACGAAUCUCCUCAAGAACGGCCUCAACCAUGCUAAGCCGCUGCUGACCACUGCCUUGGAUGUGGGCCUACCGUAUCUAAUGAACAGGCUCAAUAGGACACGCACCGAGAGCGUGGAAGAGGCUGCCGAUGCCGAAGAAGCAAAGCCAUUCAACGAGGCGCUCGCUGCGCGUGUAAAGGGGGCGUCGGCUUCGCUCGAGGCUGUGCUCGAAAUCCCGUCCGAGGUGGCUAAGGCGGAGGGCAUCUGGGGCGAUAUGCUCAAGACCAUCCACCAGAUUGCUCCCACGGUUCUGAAGGUCGCCCCUUCGGUCAUCAAGGCUGUAACGAGUCUGUCCCCGAUUCCGCUGGGGGCGUUAACGGAAGGGUCUGAUCUGCCAGAUGAGGAAGAUGCUGCUGAUAAAAAGAAGCCUGAGUCACUGGAGGAGUUUUUGAACAUGUUUGACAGGUGGAGAAGCGGGUAA